CAACAAUUAACUGUUAUCCUUUAUCCACCAGAGGGAGACAAAGACAUAAAGGCAGCAGCAGCAGCACGAAUAAAACAAUGGAUAGAGCAGCACAAGCAGCAGCAGCAGCAGCAGCAGCAGCACAAGCAGCAGCAGCAGCAGCAGAAAGAAGGAGAAGAAACGGUGUCUCCUUUCUGCUGCUUUAGUGAGCAGCAGCAACUGCAGAAACUCUUAGCGACGGCCUGCUGCCCAGUAGUGCAGCAGGAGCUGCAGCAGCAGCAGCAGCAGCUGCAGCAGAUGGAGAAGGAUAGGCAGCAGCUGCUGCUCACCGAUGGCCUCGAUUGUAUUCGCCGUGUAUCCGCUUGCCAGGAUGGGGAGCUCCCCUUAGAGGUAAUAGAGAAGGAGAAAGUUCAUAGAGAGAAUUGUCUAAUUCUUUGUCUUCUUCCUCUAACAAAAAAUCGUGAAGUAGCUGAAUCGGAGAUGUGUAUUAUAUGCAACAAUUUGUUGCCAACAGAAGGAGGAGCAGAAGGAUGUUUAUGGUUAGAUGUAGAGUCCCUUGAAUAA